AUGGGUGGUGAGACGGAAUCAUCAACCAAAGGAAAAAGCACUAACUAUGAUGAAUGGGCAAGAGCCAUAAGAAGAUCUUUGAUUGCCAAGAGGAAGUUUGGUUUUUUUGAUGGGACUAUCACAGAACCUGAAGAUUGUGACCAGCUAGAAGAAUGGAUUGCGGUCCAGUCAAUGUUUGUUUCUUGGAUCAGCAACACGUUAGAGCCAUCAAUCAGAUCAAGUUUGGGUGACUAUGAUAAUGCAAACUUGAUGUGGACACACUUGAAGAGAAGAUUUUGUGUUGUAAGCGGAACAAGGAUCUGUCAGCUUAAAGCGUCUCUGAGUGAGUGCAAACAAAAGAAUAAGGAAGGUGUAGCUGUCUACUUUGGAGGAUUAAACAAGAUAUGGGAUGAGUUGGUGACAUAUGUGAAGGUACCUCAGUGUAAGUGUGGUAAGUGCGAUUGUAAUAUAGCAAGCCAGUUGUUGGCAAGAGAUCCAUUGCCAUCAAUAGACGUAGCAUACCAGACAAUGGUGAAUUCGGAGCGUCUGAGGAUAGGUGAUGUAGCUAUGUCAACGGAAUUGCAAGAGAAUGUGAUGGCUUUCAGGGUUCAGUCUGAUCAGCAAUGGUGGGGAGACAGACCUAGAGGCGGAAGAGGAAAUGGUAGAGGAGGCAGAGCAGGUGGUAGAGGCCGAGCUGGUUUUGCCAAUGUCAGGGGAGGUAGAGGACAAGGAAAUGGCAAUCAGGUUAGAGCACACAAUCUGAAUAUAUCAGAAAUGAAGUAUGCAGGUGGUGCGUGCUCAUCAGAUGUCUCAGGUUUGACGGGAGUAACAGCAACACAGUUUCAAAAGGUGAUUGAGUUUUUAAAUACAAGAAAAUCCACGUCUCAGCUCCAAGCUAAGAAAACGGUUUGGAUUGUAGACACAUGGGCUACAAAUCAUGUCACGUGUAAAAGGGAUGACAUGAUAGAUGUAAGAGAUAUUAAGGCAUGUUCAGUUGGUCUCCCAGAUGGGAAAUAUGCACAUUCUGAGAAAAUAGGAACCGUUAUUCUGCCUGGUGGUUUAAGACUAGAAAACAUGCUUUAUGUGCCUCAAAUAACUUUUGAAGUAAUGGCUGUCAGUGGAAAUACGUAUGAGCUGUGGCAUCGACGAAUGGGACAUCCAUCAGAAAAAGUGUUACAAAGUAAAGAAAUCAAAAUUGUUAGAAGUGAUAAUGGAACCGAGUUUAAUGCAUUGCGUGGAUAUUUUAGGACUAAUGGGAUAGUGUUUGAGACAUCAUGUGUUGGUACACCUCAACAGAAUGGGAGAGUUGAGAGAAAGCAUCAACAUAUAAUGAAUGUGGCAAGAUCUUUGAGAUUUCAAUCCAAUUUGCCAAUAUAUUUUUGGGGAGAAUGCGCCUUAGAUGCUGCAUAUUUAAUUAAUCGUACGCCUACACUUAUUCUAAACAAUAAAACUACAUAUGAAAUAUUAUUUGGAAAGCAGCCUCCAUAUAAUCAGUUGAAGGUAUUUGGAUGCUUGUGCUAUGUACAUGAUCAAGGUAGUAACGGAGAUAAGUUUGCGAUUAGAGGAAGAAGAUGUGUAUUUCUUGGCUAUCCUUUUGGUAAGAAGUCAUGGAAAGUGUAUGAUUUAGAUGCAAGAAGGUUUCUAGUGUCAAGAGACGUGAAGUUUUGUGAAUAUCAGUUUCCGUAUAGGACUGAUUUGAAGGGAGAUUUGACUGAGACAGUACAGUUGGGGUCAGAUCCAUCGACUGAGAAGGAUCAGUCGAAUUCUGGAGGUUCUGAGACUGCUGUUGAUGAUCCAGCUGAGACCGAGUCCACUGCAGACACUGAGACCGAUAUGCCUAGUGUCUUGACAGGGACUGAGAACAGCGAUGAUUGCGGCAGUGUUGAUGUUAAUGAAGGCGACACACUGGAACAACCUGUAGAGGAUGUCAAUCCUAGCAAUGAUACUACAUCUGCAGAAGAGUUGGGCAAGGGAAGGUUUUCUGCAGUUCAUAAGAAAUAUCUAGCAGCAUUAACAGCUGGGUCUGAGCCUCAGAAUUUUAAGGAAGCUAUGAAGCACCCAGGGUGGCGGAAAGCCAUGGAAGCAGAAAUAUGA